AUGCAAGUUUUUUGCCGGACAUUGUCGCAAAUUUUUAGACAACUGCAUACAGUAUCCCGGGAUGGUCCUAGUGACACCUUGAAGAGAAAAGUUUCUUUGUUAGAGAAGAAGAGGAAAAGCAAGAACCCUAGAAAAAAUCAACUAUUUGUGGAAGUUCCUGAACCAGGAACUUACCUUGAUACAGCAACUAUGCCGAUGAUACUCACUGCAGUGGGAGUUGCACUCUUUGCAAAGCUCCUGAUGAUGCUUGAUGAGUCCAAGUCUCAGGAGAUGAUUGAGCGGAAAAUAAAGAAUGCCCCUGCUGGUCAGGGAAAUGUUAGGAUGCUCACUCGUGAGGAGUGGGAAGAAAUUCAGGAAGUACGGCCAAGAACUCCAUUUGAAUCUAAGCUUGCUCGUCCAAAUGCGCGAGUAAGGACUGGGGAACCAUUGCACUUGGAAGACAUGAAGGAUUGGACAAUUGACCUCUGGUUGAUUCUUGCGAUUCUCAAGUGCCAAAUUAAUUAA